AUGCGUUUCAUUCUCUGGACAGCAAUCUUCGUUUGGAGAGCACACGCUAUCGAAACUAUUCCUGACACAUAUGCUCCGCGCUUUGUUGAUUGCCCCCCAGAUCUAGAGAUAGUGCGACAAGUUGCCGGGCUGUCAAAAGCUGAAGCUGAUUGGGUUCGUGGUCGGAAAGCUGUAGCUGCUGACGCUUUUGGCGCCUACCUCGAGCGGCUGAACCUCUCUGACUUCGAUGUUAAGAACUAUACAAAAUGGGUUCAGCGCAAUACUGCGGAGAACAUGCCAACACUGGGAUUUGCGAAUAGUGGCGGCGGUUCACGUGCUGCCUUCUCAGGGAUUGGGGGCCUCAGAACCUUCGACAGUCAGCUCUCUGCUGCCGUCCGUCAGAAAACUGGUGGAUUGCUUCAGAGCCUUACGUACUACGCUGGUCUGUCCGGAGGUGCUUGGCCACCUAGCUCUUACGCCUUCCAUAACUAUCCUGCCAUUGACGAUCUGGUUGCAAAAUGGCACGUUGAGAUAAAUCGGUUCACAGCGACAAAUGAUAGCGAGUACGCUGCUACCUCGAAGACCUACUUUGAAGAGAUCUAUCCCAAAUUUGAAGCAGGCUUCAACGUUUCAGCUUCCGACUUUUUCGGUCGAGGCUUCGGUUAUUGGAUGCUUCCAGGUGAACAGGGCGGUUUGAACCUCACAUGGUCUUCCAUCACCGAGCUCAGCAAGUUCAAGAACUAUUCAGGGCCCUUUCCCAUCUUGCAGGCUAAUUCGCUCAACAAAUCAUCCCUUGUAGAAGAGGGUCUUUACGCUCCGCUAGAGACUUCGGAUAUAUAUGAAUGGAAUCCGUUCGAAUUCGGCUCCUGGGAUGUCGGUUUCACACCUACUAAAUACGUUGGUACGGUUCCAGAUUCCCAGGGGAAGCUGCAGAAGUGUGUCGUCAAUCUUGACUCAGCAUCGUUUGUGAUGGGCAGUGCUGCAGCUGCUUGGAACUACUGGUGGAUCGCGAUUGCUUCGAACGGAACGCUUGGUAACUUUGCGAAACGGGGUGUUUCAGCAGCAACUCUCAACAAACGACAAUCGGGCUAUAGUCUUGAGACACUAGAAGGGCUCAACGAAGCGUUCAAUCAGACCUUCAAUCUCAGUCUAUCACAGAUCGCAAAUCCUUCAGUACCCAAUCCGUUCGGUGGGGACGAAAACAUCACUCUUGCAGAUGGCUCAGAGGCAGGCCAGUCUAUCCCAUUCUGGUCGCUGAUACAACGGGAGCGCAAACUCGAUCUAAUUAUUGCAUGGGAUGACGAUGGAGGAGAAACUAGACCCAAUUACUGGACCAACGGAACCAAUGUCUGGAACACUUACAAUCUCGCCAAGGCAGCGGGACUUGCAUUCCCUCAGGCACCCCCUCCAGAAACAUUCCUGGCGCGGAAUUACGCACUCAAGCCCGUUCUGUUUGGCUGUAACAGCAGCCUAACCACAACUGGGGACUCGACUUCACCCAUCGUUCUUCACCUGACCAAUGCUCCCUACAGUUGGUAUAGCAACUUCAGCUGGCCCACACAGAACAUGAGUUGGACUGAGUUCCAUGGCGUGAUGGUGAAUAGCUUCGACUUUGUCACUCAAGGUAAUGGGACACUCGACUCUGAAUGGGUGCAAUGCAUCGGUUGUGCGGCCAUCGAUAGAAGCUUGGAGAGAAUGGGUACCAAAAGAACAGAACAGUGUGAACGGUGCUUUGCUAAUCACUGCUGGGACGGGACGACUUCAGAACUUUCGAAGGAUUUUGUCUUGGACCCGAGCUUACAAUUAAACCUGUCUCUUGGAUUCGUGGAAUGGAAUAAGACACAUCCAUUUUCUGGGGGAGUGAUUACUGAUUGA